GUUCGCACUACCUAGGACGCAGUGAGAUUGGGGGCCGUGGCACUCCAUCUGAUUGGAAGAUGGAUGCCACUUUAUGGAGAUCGAGACGGAGAAAUGAAUAGGAUUUCGCGUGAUUGGCUGGCUCGAGUACUGGCCCUCACGAUCACGAAGCUGGAGAAUAGUUGACGAGCCUAUCAGCCGCUUGGCUACAACCGAACUCGAUGCAGCUUAAGGUCCAUACUAGUAUCAUACGCUAAUUAGGCACUAUAUAUGCGCCCUGGAGAGAAGAAGACAAUAUUUUCCUUCUUUAAAUAUCUCUUCCCCAGCAUUGAACAUCAUGGAGUCCGUCAAAAGACUCGUGUACGGCUAUCCGGAACAGCCCCCGCGAAUCCGCACCAAACCCCUUGCGGUAAUCUGCGUUGGCCUGCCACGAUCCGCUACAGAGUCCCUAAGCGUCGCGCUUGAAAAGCUAGGCUACAAAACCUACCAUGGCUGGGAUCUCGGGUUGGAGGAAAACGCAGCGUACACCCAGCAAUGGGCGUACCUAGCCAAGCGCAAAUGGAACGGCGCCCCAGACGGUGACGUGCAUAUCACGAGCGCCGAGUUCGACGCUCUUCUGGGCCACUGUGACGUAGUUAUUGAUUCCGCGGCCUCGUUCUUCGCAGCGCAACUUAUCGAGGCGUAUCCAGACGCCAAGGUGAUUUUGAACACGCGUCGGGACCUGGACGCAUGGCAUCGCAGCAUCCUGAAGACGAUCGUCCAGGAAGUCGAGGAUCGGUGGAUUGUGCGGAUAAUGCGAUUCUUUAAUGCGGGCAUGUUUUGGUCGUGGGAGGUCUUCAUGACGCAUGGGUAUCCGGGACUAUUCCGGAGUGCACGCAGUGGGAAUGCGCGGGCUGGUAUUGAGUGCAAUGGGAAAUGGGUGUAUCGGGAGCACUCGAAUAUGAUUCGGGGACUUGUACCGAAGGAACGUUUAUUGGAGUGGAGUGCGGAGGAUGGGUGGGAGCCUGUGUGCGAGUUCCUGGAUAAGCCAGUGCCAGAUGAGCCUUUUCCGAGAGUUAAUGAUCUGAGCGCCUUCAAAGGCAAUGUAGAAGCAAAAUUAAUACGGCCUCGUAUAAUGGGGGCUGUGCGCAAUUUACUCAUUACGGUGGCUUCGGUGGGUGUCUUGACGACGGCGAUAGUGCUUGGAGUUAAACAACGACGAGUUGCAUGGGCAUAGAGGGUGUUGUUAAACCCCGGAAUUAGGAUAACCCUGGAGAAGUAUUAGUAAACAAAGUGAAAGGAGGAAUAGUUAUGUAUAUAAAUC